AUGGGAUCCUCUAUUUCCACCGCGCACAACAAGUCUCAAUCCACCGGAGACGAAAAACCACCAGUCCUCCGAGAAGAUCGCCUAGCGCUUCUUUACUGGCCAGUCUUUGGGGACAUCUCCGAAGUCGAGGUGUGCGAAGUUGCCAAAGACUUCACCUCAGAACGGCGACCUUUCGAAGGCCACCCAAUGGCGGACGAGCCCGCCACAAACUACGGCCUUACCGAAAUGAUUGUACGUAUCGACCAACUCGCAACGGAUAACGUACACUCCGAUGGCCGGGGAGAAGAUCCGGAGCUGGUUAUCAAGAGAGAUGACGGCGGUCCGGUCACCAUCGGCGACUUCGUGACGCAAGCGCACCCCUUUUUCAACCUCCACAAGGAAACCUACAUGGAAAUCGAAGACAACAUGUACGGAGAUCGGAAACUGCCGGAGGGAGUCAGGGUGGUGUAUCGCGAGUGCAUGAGAUUUGAUCCCAGCGAGCUCGAUAAUCCGGAUUCUCAAUGCGAUUUCAUGGUCGACUUCGAGCUCGACCAUGAGACUGUACCCGGAUUUGGUCAUCACAAGCAAAGCAAAAUCCGAGAGUAG